GGUGUGUUCUCAGGAUUCUGCAUUUGUCCCUGGAAAGCCACGCAGUUCUCAACCAGUGAUCCUGUUCUAUUCAGUUUUUCUAUUUUGUGCAUUUUCUUUUCUAAAUGAAUGUACCUACAACAACGCCAUCGGAAUUUUGAAAAACAUCUGACACACUGAGCCGUUUGAAGCCACUUCCAUGGAGACAUCUUCGCACUCUUCUAGGACUGUAUUUAACAGUGGGAAAUAAUUUUCGACAAACAACACUCCACCACUCUUCCCUCCUGGAUAAAACCUGGCAGUGAUGCAGGUUGGUCCUCAGGUCACCAGCAGCACAUCUCUCCAGAUCCCUCCCCAGCCUGAGACUCCUGUACUCAGGAACCAACACCCAUUCCUGCUGGACACCGCCCAGCCUGUCCAGGCCAUCAUCAAUCCUAAGCGUAUGGAGGGGCCCCUCCAGACAUCACAGCCCCCCAGGACCUGCGGCACACCAGAACCUGCUGGGAAAUGCUUGGAUGUGAGGGUGGCUGUGUUUCUGGUGACUCUGGCUGGAGCUGUAAUCCUGCUGCUGCUCUACAGACUCUUACAACUGAGACACAGGCUGAGGUUGGCCAAGGCAAGGCACACUCUGGAGUACUACAGCUUCUAUCACACUGCCACUUACACACUGCAACACACUGCACUGUGUCGGGACCAGCCAGCAAAGAAUGGGACGGUCCCUGAAGCUACCCCGCCUGUCCAAAACGUAACCCUGGUGACACCCAAUGUUUUCACCCCACUUCCAGCCCCACCAGUGCCUUCUCAACCACCACUGCCAAUCCCCUCACCUACUGUCCUGCCUCCACCACCACUUCACACUUCACCUUCUCUCCUUCCAACACCUACUGUCCUCGCCUUCCCUCUCCCCCUGCCUGUGAUCCACACCACCCCGCCUAGCCCUCACCUGUCAUGGGGCGCCUGCUCAGACGCAGAUGUGUACUCUCGGAUCGGAGCUUUCAGGCCCUCUAGGCUCUCUAGCCUCUCCAACCAAUCAAAAGUCAUCCUAUUUGAACAUUCGUCUCUCUGACCUCUGCAAGACUGUGAUCAGUAUGUUGUCUCUUAAUUCAGACUGGUGGAAGCACUACAUGACACAGUGGAAAUUUCUUUCCCUGAAGAACUUUUACAACUUCACGUCUAUUCUUGUUUUGGAGAUAAAUGAGAAGCUCUCAUGAUUCAGAGUCUUACAACCUCCAGGAUCAGGUUUAUUUUAUGAAUACAUUAUAUUGUAAAUAGUAACUUUUUCUGUUGGUAAUUUCAAGUCAUCAAUCUUUGAAGUAUGUAGAUAGACAAUUCUUCAGACCUGCAGAAGCCCCCUCGGUUCUUUAGAACUGAAGAAGAUCCUCGGAUGAGAAGCAAAACAUCUUCAAGUAUCUUCAACCAGUCCAGUUGCCCUUGAUUUUAACCUUCCUUGGAUACUGGUUGGGUAAUGUCAUGGCUGAUCCCUCAUGUGCUACACCACCUAAUACAGUAAUCAGUUUUUGCUCCUGUCACUUUCAGACCAAGGUCAGUGAUGUCAGAUAUGGCACCUGUGGCUUAAAUGCCUUAUGUAGAACGAUUAAGUGGUUUGCUUGGUAUAAUGUGCGAGAUCAUGUGUCUCAAAUAACUCAUUGAGACAACAGACAAACAUGAGAGUGGUAUUGAUCUUCACACCAGAAAGUGAAGUACAUUUCUCAGAAUGUCAAACUUUUGCUUCAGCGUAUGAAUAAACACUGGAAUGGCUCUUUAAGUUGGUCUGACUUAAGUGACAAUCACAUCUAAUUACAAUGAGUUGUUGAGAAAAAAGUUGGUUGAUUAAUUAAAUAGGUUAUGGCAUUUCACUGGUGUAAUAUCACAGAAGUCUGAUUAUAAAGUUAAGGGUGAACUCUGAAAGUUGACUCUCCAACUAAAUAACACAAGUUAACAGAAAUUGUUACUGCAUUGCAACCAAAUAUUUAACUGAGUCUUUUUAACUGACAAUUAUAGUUCUAAUAUAUGUCUUCAUUUUUACGCUGUAGUUACUGUAGCAGAGCCCAUUGUUUACCCAAAAGGGAGGCAUUUCCUGAGCUGGUUUUCCAUGGCAGGGUCCCUCCCUAUUUCACACCAUUCUCUGCGUUCUCUGUGUUUCCUCUGUCUCUCUGAAUUAAUCUUACUUUGCAUUACAGUCUUAAAUUAUGACUCUGCACAUUUUUAUUUAAAAAGACAAGAAUUUUAAAUUGUCUGUUUGUCUCUAGAACUGUCAAAAUCACAGUACCACUAUGACCGAAGAUAUAAGACUUACUAAGACUUUUACAGAUGAGCGCAGAUUGGUCAUUGUCUAAAGUAGCUUUGUUGACACACAGGUACUAUUUGUCUGUUGUUAUGAUAACCUUUGCAUCCACAUUGGCUCCAACAAGCUGUUAAGAUAAAUUUUCUUUCAAUAUUUAACCAUGUUUUCCCAACAGGCCUCUCAUUUAUAAUUCAACAACUGCUUGUAAAUUUAUGAGGGAAGCUGUUUUAGUCGAUGGUGGUUUGUUGCAUGCCGGGGUGAAAACCGAGACUUUGCGUGACAUGCCUCUUUAGUCUUUUCUGUAUAUAAGUCUGCUCGUGAGGCUGCUGUCUCCAUACUAAAAGCCAGUUAAUUCAAUCUGUGCAUGUGCUGCAGCGUUGUCUCUUAAUUGGUUGUAAGCUGAGCAGGAAGGACAUUUGUAACAAUACUGCUGCGGUAAUUAAAUAAAAUGAGGGAAUGUCAUGCAAGGAUGAA